AUGGUGAACAAAUGGGGCGGCAUUCCCGCACGACGAACCACGCUGCAACAGCUGAUCAUGUUUGGCCGAUCUACGCAGCGCAACCAGGCCCUCCUGAUGGAGAGUGCCAACUACUUACGUACAGAGAUGACGACACGUAUCGCGCACCGUCUACGUGAUAUGCAGACGUUGCCGUUUGUCGCGAUGUCGAAUGAACAGUUGGAUUCGAUUUAUCAAUUCUAUUGGCGCACGUUCGAGACGAUGCGUCGGAUGAGCAAGAUUGAGACGGACGAGCAGAAUGAAGAGCUGAUUCACGUUGUCACGCAACUGCUCUCGGAGCGGAAAAGCAAGCUGGAUUUGAUUGCCGGCAUUUCGCGUGAGUGCAUUAAUUUUAUGGAGCCGGCCGCAGUGAACUAUUUCCUGGCCCGCAUGCUUCGCUCGCAGGUGUCCCGUGAGGUGCUGGCAAAGCAGCACAUUGCCUUAUCCGUGAUGCAGUCGUCAGGCGUCAAGUCCACGACACCCAAUGUGAUUGGCAUGAUUAACACUUCCAUUCAUGUGGCAGAUGUGAUUCGCCGGUGCACGGAUUUCGCACGAAAGAGCUUGUCAAACACGUACGAUCUGAGCAUGGAUGAUCCACGGCUGCCGGAAGUGGUGCUUGAAGGCGAUCUCGAUGUGCAAAUGGCGUAUUUGCCCGCGCACUUGGAGUUUAUCCUCCUUGAGCUGUUCAAAGUAUCGAUGCAGUCAACUACGCAAAAGCACGGCCAAGUGCGCCAAAAAGUGCCGCCUGUGCAUGUGCGCCUCGUAUCGGGCAUCGAGAAAGGCGACAUGAUUAUUCGCAUCUCGGAUGUCGGUGGCGGUCUGCUUCUCGACAGCACAGCCUCGUCUAUGGCCUUUGAAUCCUCCAGCAACAAUGCCAUUCGCGCCCGUGGUCCUUUGCUCCUCCCAGGCAUAGCCCGUCAUCCUCAUGAUACCGAUCCUGAGCAGGACUUGGUAUGGUCGUUCCUGAACAUUGGAAAGCAGCUCGAUAUGAUGAACAUCAAGCUAGACGCGACAUCGUCUGCUACGUUAGGCAAGACUGGCAUUGACGGCGCUGUGACGCCUGAUCCAACAGCGUCGUAUCCUGGCGGUGAUGGCCUCAUGCGUCUCUCAGUGCUCAAUAUGGACUCCAAGAAUGGACUGCCGAUCGUGAAGUUGUACGCUGAGCUGUUUGGCGGUGGCUUGGACUUCCGCUCGCUCAACGGCUACGGCACCGACAUAUAUCUACGUUUGCCUAAGCUGGGUACUUCGAAAGAACUUCAUGAAUAA